AUGAGAACGGAACGACGCGAUGACAGUGCGAAGGCGAAACGCUCAAGCACCGCCCUCCCCUGCCCAGAGAAGCCCUUCCAACGCGGCGACAAGGACCGGCUGCUUGAGAAGGCCGAACGAAGAUGGACGAUUAAGAAAGACGAUGGAACGGUGGCUGAGCUGAGACUGUUUGAGAAAAAGAAGAAAAGUGAAACUUUUCUAUGUGGCAUAGAGUAAGGCUAAGUUACAUAAGUAAUGAGAGCCACAAAGACUAGUUUGUAGGAUAAUCGUUUAGAUAUAGACGUUGCCAACAAACAAAACGUUAGACAGUCAAAGAACUGCAAAGAGACGGUCUUUCGUUACUGCCAGCCGGCUGGCCCGACCAUCUCCGCCGAAGACCCAGGGGCUAUUUCUAAGUCGGACCGCUUUCGAAAGACAAAACGGCCCUUUCGAGAAGCAAGACGGACCAAACAAAGGAACGGCCGGGACGCUGCCAGCCCAUUCCUGGGGCCAGCACAAGCCGGUCCGUGUCCUUGA